CUUUUAAAAUGGGGGAUAAAAAGCAACAAACUCGUCCCAAACGUAUUUUUAUCAACGACGUCGACAGGUAUUCCUCCAAACACAUCGCGAAGUUUUUAUCGACAUCACGUGUGGCCGGAGAGGACGCGGAGGAGGCCGAAGAAGAAGAGGCUUCCCCUCGAGGUGAACCUGCUUUCCACAUAGUGGGAACUACUUCUUCCACCAAAGAUGCAAAACAAAGUUUUCUUCUUGAACACUACGCGUCACCAACCCGAGACAAGCUUCUUGAGCGCCUGCUGGAGUGUGACAUAGUGGUGUACAACAUCUCAGAAAGCACGACAGAACAGCAGGUUGAAGACACAACAUGGGCGAUCACAGCCCUUGAUGCUGAGACGGAGAACUUCAAGUCUCGGAAAAUGUUCAUCUUAAUCUCAAGCGUGAUGACCUGGGCCAUGACCAAGCCAGAGCAUCCGGAAGAAACAGAUGUUCUGCUAACGGAGGAAGAGUUCAGAAGAAGAAGGCCGCAUCCUAAUUUCAAAAACCACAAUAAUCUGGAGAAGUUUGUGCUCAAACUGGGUAAAGGUAAGAAGUCCAAGCUUACUGGAUAUGUUGUAGCUUCUGGUCUUCAGUACGGAAAGGGAGAGAACCUCUUUCACUACUUUUUUAAGGUAUCCUGGUUGAUGCAGUUCCCGAAGGUUCCUCUCUUUGGACAGGGCACAAAUCACAUCCCCAUGAUUCACGUCUAUGACCUUGGAGGAGUGAUCCAAAACAUAAUUGAACUGAAGCCGAAGUCAAAGUACAUUCUUGCUGUCGAUGACUCCAAGAACACUUUAGAGGAUAUAGUAAAGAUGAUAAGUGAUACACUUGGGCCGGGAAAGAUGAACAAAGUACCAGAGCAGGACGCCAUCGCCAUGAAGGCUUUUAAGCCAGAGGAAUUGGAGUACCUAAACAUCAACCUCCGCCUGGAUGCUUUUGUCAUAAAAGACUUCUUCAGUCUUCGCUGGACGUCUGAAGCUGGGAUGGUUGAAAACAUGGCGAGCAUUGUGGAAGAAUACCAGGACACCAGGCAGCUACUUCCAAUCAGAAUGUUCCUGGUUGGACCUCCAGCUGUGGGGAAAACAACUGUUGCAGAGAAGCUCUGCAGUCAUUACCAAAUACACCACAUCAGGAUCAAAGAGGUCAUCGAGGAGAAGAUUUCACAACUGAAGGAGAUCGUUAGCGGAGCUGACCUUGAAAAUGUCGGUGAAGACGAAGCAGCUGCUGCACAGAAAAAACUGGAAAGUUUUGACAAAAGCAUGAACAUGAACGCAGGUCGUCUGGCUGACCAUCUAGUUUUUGACAUUUUGCAAGAAACGCUGAAUUCAAAGCCAUGCAGGAACCAAGGAUAUGUUCUCGAUGGCUUCCCCGAGACUUAUGAGCAAGCAAAGCUGAUUUUCUCUAAUGAGGACACGGAGAACCAGGAUUUGAUGUCCAAAAAACCUUCAUGCAACAAGAAGAUCACUCCAGAGCAUAUUUUUGCCCUCAAUGCGACGGAUGAAGUUCUGACAAAGAGAGUUCGGGGACUUCCACAGAGCGUGGCAGAGAAAAUGCGUUACACGCAGGAGGAGUUUUCCCCUCGCCUGACGAGAUACAGACAACUCAGCACCGCUGAGGAAACGCUGCUGGACUACUUCGAUGAGCUUGAGAUUCACCCAGAACAUAUUGAGGUUACUGCAGGUGAUUCAGAGUACACAGAUGUCAUGAAGAAGAUCACAGAGAUGGUGGGGCUUCCCAAGAACUAUGGCCUGAGUCCAGAGGAGCAGGAGGAGGAGGACAGAAAGAAAGAAGAAGAGAGGAAACACAAACUGGCUGCAGAGGCUGCCGAGAAGAAACGCAGGAGUGAAGCAUCACUGGCUGAGAUGGCUGCUCAGUAUGAGGAGUGGCAGAAGAAUCUGUCCGAGGUGAAGCGACAGGAGAGCGAGCUGCUGGAAGCUCACUCUCUUCCUCUGAGGGACUAUCUGAUGAAGUACGUGAUGCCCUCGCUCACCGCGGCCAUGUUAGACUGCUCCAAGAUCAAACCAGAGCACGCCGUCGACUUUUUGGCUGAACAUCUGCUACGGAACAACCAACAGGAACAACAGGAAUGAUCCGAUACGUGUUGUUCAUUUGAGGCUGUGUUUAUUCUACAGCAAUAUAAUAAAGAUAAAUAUAAAAUGUAAAGAGGGCCUGCAGCCCUUUUUAGAAGGUCAAAGGUCAAAUUAUGCAUUGCACCACUUGGUGAACCAUAAAGCUAAAAAGACGCAUUUAUAAACAUAUUGACUUAUUAACUAAAAACUAUUAACUAUUAACUAGCCGCCAAAGUGGAAAAUAAAGUAUUGGGUCCUGCACAGAGAGGAUAUGAAGGCAACACUACUUUCACUGGUAAAAUGUAAAAAAAAUAUUUAUUAAAAGAAAUAUUAGUUUUUUUAAUUUAA